CAAUUUGACAUUCAGCUGUUGAUGUCAUCUAUUGUCACUUGUCAGUGUAAAAACUAAAAAAAUAUUUAUUAUUAAUUUUUCAAAGUUAUUAAUUAAACUUGAAUAAAAAAAAGUUGCUUUAUUUAACGAAGCAGUAAUAAUUAUGAUCUAUUGAAGAUCUAGACACGUAUUAUUUCUCAAUUAUUAGAACUGUAUAAAGAUUUUCAUAAUUUAUUUCUAUUCAGAAAGUCGUGUUUCUGGAAUUUAGUAUGUCAGCAAUGAUUUCUUCUUGGAGUCCAGACAAAAAACAUAGUGAUGUUGAAAGAUGGAUUUGCAUAUAUCCGGCUUAUUUAAACAAUAAGAAGACUUUGGCUCAGGGACGACGGCUGCCUAAAGACAUCUGUGUAGAGAAUCCUACUCAUCAAGAAAUAAGAGACGUGCUAUUCUCUACAGGCCUACGUAUUGGGGUUGAAAAUAAACUUUAUCCUCGUGAAAAGAGCAAGGAAAUGUUAUACAGAGGUCGGAUUCGUGUUGAGAUAAAGAAUGAUGACGGUAAACCUAUUAAUGAAGAAUAUCCAACCAGAGAAUCUGUCAUGAGGUUCAUUGUUGAGUCUAUACCUAAGUUGAAAACUCGUCAAAACAGACCUGCUGAUCAACAGCCUCAAUCUGUACAACAAGGUAGCAAUAAAGCCAAGGGAAAGAAAGGUCGCAGAUAAAGAGUUUAUUCUUAUAAUUUUACAAGUAAUAAAUUUUUGUUAAGAUUUUAAUAAA